GGGCCAAGGGAUGAGCUGGGGCCGUCCUUUCCAAUGGCAUCACCCCCUGGCCUGGAACUGAAGACAUUGAGCAAUGGCCGCCAGGUGCCAAGGAGACCAGCUGCCCUGGGCCCAGGUGCCCCGCCCAGGGAAGGCGUGGAGAAUGUCUGCUUCUUUGCGGAGGAGGAGCAUGAGACCUGCUUCCAGAAUGCCACAGAAGCCAGACUGGGCCGCUUGCCCAGUCCCCAAGGGGAUGUCCCUUCGCAGUCCCGAUCCCAGCAGGACGAUCUGUCUACACACUCGGAGGAGGGCCUGGGUCUGGAGCCUGUGAGCCGCCCAGUAGAUUAUGGCUUCGUUUCUGCCCUGGUUUUCCUGGUGAGCGGGAUCCUCCUGGUGGUGACAGCCUAUGCCAUCCCCCGCGAGGCCCGCGUCAACCCGGACACUGUAACGGCUAGGGAGAUGGAGCGACUGGAGAUGUAUUAUGCCCGCCUGGGGUCCCAUCUGGACAAGUGCAUCAUCGCGGGCCUGGGGCUGCUCACGGUGGGUGGCAUGCUCCUGUCUGUGCUGCUGCUGGUCUCUUUGUGCAAGGGCCAGCUCUACCGCCGGCCCACCUUCGUCCCUGGCUGCCGCAAGACCUAUGGUUCCAUCAACCUGCGCAUGAGACAGCUCAGUGGGGAUGGGGGCCAGGCUCUGGUGGAGAAUGAAGUUGCCCAGGUCACGGAGCCCAGCCGCACUCUUCAAGGGUCUUAAAUGGAAGCCCAUAGCACUCAUAUGGCUACUUCCGUUCUGGGGCAACAUGGCCCCCAAAGCCUGGGACAGUUUCAACCGAUUCCCACCUCAUCCCAACCUGUGGGAGAAGUCUGGUGGCGGGUGGAAGGGAAGCCCCAGGGGUCUGUCCCAGGCCCUACUCUAGGGGUUGGGGGAAUCCCUGGGAUCUGUUUUGUACCUUGUGGUUUUGCAAAAAGGCUUUGGUUGGAGGGUGGCUUCUGCUGCUAAAAAUA